AUGGAAGUCUUUGAAGGAACUCCCCAAGUGAAGGAGGCCGUCAGCAUAUCAAAGGGCCCCAGCUGCAUAUGGCUUUGGAGGUCUAUCAUCACCAUCUUCCUGAUCCUCAUUGUCUUCUCAGAAUUGAUGCCUAGUUUGGCCUUUAAGAAACCAGCAAAACCUAGAGAAAAGCCAGGAAAAUGUCCACGCCAAAAUGUAACCUGUGAUUUUCCUGAAAAAAGAGAGUGUCACACGGAUUUCCAGUGCAAGAAAAACAUGAAGUGCUGCUUUUUCACCUGUGGGGAGAAAUGCUUGGACCCAGACGCAGAUAUAUGCAGGCUGUCACCAGAAGUGGGCGAAUGUAAUGACUUUCACUUACGCUGGUUCUACAGCAUAGAGGCACGUACCUGUAAAUAUUUCUUCUACAGCGGAUGCAAAGGGAAUGUCAACAAUUUUCCCAGCAAGAAAAUCUGUGAGCAGACCUGUGGUGGGACAGUCAGGAAAGGAUUUUGUCCACCCUUCCCCUUCAAAGGCAACCGAAACUGUUCCAUGACCUGUCAGGAAGACAUGGACUGCCCUGAGACGUACAAAUGCUGCCAUACUAGUUGUGGCUUGGUGUGUAACCCACCCUGGAAAGUUAAGCCCUGGGACUGCCCACCUCAACCACAUUUUUGCGAUAGACUUAAGGAACCUUUGUGUCAGAAUGAUGAAGAAUGUGGACAGGAUGAAAAGUGCUGUUCUAAUUGUGGCUUGACAUGCAUUAAAAUGAAGUGCCCCCACAUCAAGCUCAAAUGUACCUUCAAAGAGAUGAACUACUGCACCAAAGACAGCCACUGUGAAUACAAUGAGAAAUGUUGCAUGCUCGGCUGUGGGAAGAAGUGCUACAACCCCUCUGAAGGGGCUGUGGGCGAACUUGGCAUCAAGCCUCCAGAUCCACACCUGGGUGGGGGGACUUGGUGUCCUGAGGUGGGAAGCCAGAAAGAGCUGAACACGGUUCAGUCCCCACAGUCCCAGAGCCUGCCUGGAUGA